AUGACUGGACGACCAGCUUCUCAACACCCGACGAAUGCAGGCGUCCACGCAGACGACUAUGCCUCGAACGAGGCAGCCACGCAAAGAAGCAUUGACCCCUUCGUCUUCGGCUGCUCAAACUUCGGGCUGACCGUAAACACGGACAAAAUUAUGGUCUUGCAUCAAUCAGCACCAGAGGAGGGACACACCACGCCCAAUACCAGCGUGAAUGGAGCACGACUCGCAUCCCUGGACGAGUUCGCCUACCUACACAGCAGCGUCUUCAACAACGCCAAAGUAGAUGACAGAGUGGUCGACCAAAUCCUCAAUGGGAGCUGGGCUUUUAGCCGACUGCACGUCUCGGCGUGA